CUGUCCUACUGUGGAGAGCUGUACUGUCCUACUGUGGAGAGCUGUACUGUCCUACUGUGGAGAGCGAGGAAGACAGCAGCCCGAGCACAACGAGAGAAUAUUGGAUUUUGAUGUUAAACCUUCAUCUCUUUGGACAACCUGAGGAUACUAAGACGGUUCCUUUCGGCGGUUUGGGACAUCCCACAAGGGUUCUAAAAACUGAAGAACAACGAAGUGGAACUCGAAGAAGGAUUUAUAUUUUGUCCUUUAUUUUUUAUAUCCUUUUUGUACCCCCCCCCCCAACACUUUGGAAUAGGGGGCUUUGGAAUAAAGGGGAUAUAUUGGCGGGUGACGCGGUUGCUCAGGACAAGCGAGAAGGAUGGCAGUUUGGUUCACGUUUAUCAUCGCAUUCAGCACCACGAUACUGACACAGGUAUUUGGAUCCGGGGUUUUUGAGCUCGAUCUACAUGAAUUUACAAACAGCAAAGGAUUUCUGGCGAAUGGCAACUCUUGCAGGCUCAACUGCAGGACUUUCUUUCGAGUCUGUCUCAAAAACUACCAGGCUGUAGUGUCGCCAGGUGACUGUAUCUUUGGGAGCGCCGUGACACCGGUCCUGGGGACCAACUCUUUUAGCGUGAAGAACGGGGGCACUUUUGGCAGACCCAUCCGACUGCCUUUCAAUUUUGGAUGGCCGGGAUCGUUUUCAAUGAUAAUUGAAGCCUGGUAUUCACCUUCAGCGGAUCUACCUGUAGACACCAGCAACCCAGAGAUGUUGAUUAGUUUCUUUGCCAUCCAGAGACAGCUGGGCGUUGGAUUCGCCUGGUCUCUGGAUGUUCAGAACGUCCGACAGACGGAGUUAAGGUAUUCUUACCGCUUCAUCUGCAAUGACAAUUACUACGGAGAAAGUUGUUCCAAAAUAUGCACGCCGAGGGACGACCGUUUUGGCCACUACACCUGCGACCGCGACGGCCAGUUGUCCUGUCUGCCCGGCUGGAAGGGGGAAUACUGCGAAGAACCCAUCUGCCUGGUGGGAUGCAGUGAAGGGAAUGGAAACUGCUCCAGUCCUGGCGAGUGUGUGUGCAGAGAGGGUUGGCAGGGUCUGUUCUGUGAUGAGUGUAAGAAGUACCCAGCGUGUAAACAUGGCACCUGCCAACAGCCUUGGCAGUGUACCUGUAAGGAGGGCUGGGGAGGGCUCUUCUGCGACCAGGACUUGAACUUCUGCACGCACCACCGGCCCUGUGUGAAGGGGGCGACCUGUAUGAACACAGGCCAGGGCAGCUUCACCUGUACCUGUCCCCCUGGGUUCACUGGGUUAAACUGUGAGCUGGAGCUGCAGGAAUGUGACAGCAACCCCUGCAGGUACGGAGGACUCUGCACGAACCUGGAUGUUGGCUACAAGUGUUCGUGUCCGCAAGGUUUCGAGGGUUCCCACUGUGAACACAGCCUGCUGACGUGUGCAGACUCCCCUUGCUUCCACAGCGGACAGUGCCAUCAGAAGGACAACGGUCGCAGCUACACCUGCGAGUGUCCUCCCGGAUACACAGGACUCAAUUGUGAGAAAAGAGUGGACAAGUGCACGUCCCUUCCCUGCGCCAACGGUGGUCUGUGUUUGAUCCACGGUGGCGUGCGUCUGUGUAGCUGUCGCUCCGGUUUCACCGGCCAGCGCUGCGAGAUCAACAUCAACGAGUGUGCCGGGAACCCCUGCACCAACGGAGGGACCUGCCUGGACCGCAUCAACGACUACACCUGUGCCUGCCCCCCGGGGUACGCCGGCCGAAACUGUGACCGCGUCCUGGACGAGUGCUCCAUGCGCCCCUGUCUCAACGGAGGACUCUGCACCGGGGAAGGGGGGCCGGGGAAAUCCCCCACCACCUGCAUCUGUCCCGCCGGCUUCACUGGACCCCGCUGUCAGUUCUUUGCAGUGACCCUGCCAGUCGGUGGUGAGAGGAUCAACGGAGAGAGCCAAGAUGGCUUCCAGUGGGCGGCAGUUUCCCUGGCUGUAGGGCUGGUUGCGUUUCUGGUGCUGCUAUGCAUGGUGGGGCUGGCUCUAAGACACAUUCACAGGCAGAUGGGCAGGGACAGAGGAGACCGGGAGACCAUGAACAACCUAUCAGACGUACAGAAGGAUAACCUAAUCCCCGCCUCCCAGCUGAAGAACACCAAUCAGAAGGUUGUACUGGAGGUGGACUGCGAAUCAGAGAAGUCAAAUUUUAUCCACAAGAACUAUCACUUGGACUAUAGUAACGCAAAGUCAAAGGAGUUCAAGGAUGAUAUGUCGCAAGAGGAUAAAAGACUAAAUCACAUCUACGAGAAGUGUUUAGAAGAGAAAAUACCGCUGAGUGGAAUGUACAGUGAAAAGGAGGAGUGUAGGAUAUCAACGAUAUGUUCCUCUCGAGACUCUCAGAUCUACCAGUCUGUCUUUGUUAUAGGAGAAGAGAAGAGGGAGUGCGUCAUAGCAACAGAGGUAUAAAGCUGUGUGAGGUAUAAAAGCGAGGGAGCAAGAAGGCGGAGGAGAAAGGCAAUCAAACGCAGAAAAUAUUUUUCUGGAUUGUUUACAAAGAACCUGAGGAGAGACUGAAGAUCUGUUUCUGAUGUCACUGCUGCUCUGGAGCACUAGAGAGACGGGACCAUGGAGAAAAACAGAGAGACAGAGAAGAGAGCGGAAUCUCUCCUCUGUGAAAAAUGAAAAAAUUAACACUCUAGACUGAACUUUACUGAACUUUAACAUUGACCGAGUGUUUGUAUACAAAAUGUGUACAGUUCACAGUCAUGGACCUAUUAACUGUUAAAUGACUGACUGACCUGCACUGGGUGUGGAGGGGACUGGUAGAGUGUCAUUAUUAAGAAAAAACAGUUCACAGUCAUGGACCUAUUAACUUCUGGGAACAAAUGGACAAAUGAACUGUUAAAUGACUGACUGAACUGCACUGGGUGUGGAGGGGACUGGUAGAGUGUCAUUAUUAAGCAAAAACAGUUCACAGUCAUGGACCUAUUAACUUCUGGGAACAAAUGGUUAAAUGAACUGUUAAAUGACUGACUGAACUGCACUGGGUGUGGAGGGGACUGGUAGAGUGUCAUUAUUAAGCAAAAACAGUUCACAGUCAUGGACCUAUUAACUUCUGGGAACAAAUGGUCAAAUGAACUGUUAAAUGACUGACUGAACUGCACUGGGUGUGGAGGGGACUGGUAGAGUGUCAUUAUUAAGCAAAAACAGUUCACAGUCAUGGACCUAUUAACUGUUAAAUGACUGACUGAACUGCACUGGGUGUGGAGGGGACUGGUAGAGUGUCAUUAUUAAGCAAAAACAGUUCACAGUCAUGGACCUAUUAACUGUUAAAUGACUGACUGAACUGCACUGGGUGUGGAGGGGACUGGUAGAGUGUCAUUAUUAAGCAAAAACAGUUCACAGUCAUGGACCUAUUAACUGUUAAAUGACUGACUGAACUGCACUGGGUGUGGAGGGGACUGGUAGAGUGUCAUUAUUAAGCAAAAACAGUUCACAGUCAUGGACCUAUUAACUGUUAAAUGACUGACUGAACUGCACUGGGUGUGGAGGGGACUGGUAGAGUGUCAUUAUUAAGCAAAAACAGUUCACAGUCAUGGACCUAUUAACUGUUAAAUGACUGACUGAACUGCACUGGGUGUGGAGGGGACUGGUAGAGUGUCAUUAUUAAGCAAAAACAGUUCACAGUCAUGGACCUAUUAACUGUUAAAUGACUGACUGAACUGCACUGGGUGUGGAGGGGACUGGUAGAGUGUCAUUAUUAAGCAAAAACAGUUCACAGUCAUGGACCUAUUAACUGUUAAAUGACUGACUGAACUGCACUGGGUGUGGAGGGGACUGGUAGAGUGUCAUUAUUAAGCAAAAACAGUUCACAGUCAUGGACCUAUUAACUGUUAAAUGACUGACUGAACUGCACUGGGUGUGGAGGGGACUGGUAGAGUGUCAUUAUUAAGCAAAAACAGUUCACAGUCAUGGACCUAUUAACUGUUAAAUGACUGACUGAACUGCACUGGGUGUGGAGGGGACUGGUAGAGUGUCAUUAUUAAGCAAAAACAGCGAACCUGAACUGAAGUCAAGCGUCCUUGGCAGCGAUUGGAGGAGAGAGUAGGUGAAACAGGAAAAAUGUCCGUAGCUCGUAGUUGAACCCUGAUGCCUCAGUUGACCCUUGACUUAUCUCCAAGGGUAAUCGCGGUGACUCGCGACAGCCAACUAAUCAAAAUGGAGGUGCCUGAGAUUAGACUGAUCUUUAACCCCUAGCCAGCAUCAUUGACCUGCUAUGCAGGGUCCAGGGUGGAGCUAACUCAAUGAAGAUCACCCACUGACCGCCACGACCGACCAGCAGUCGAAACCACAACCACAACUACAACCACAACCACAACCACAACAAACACAACGAGAUGAAUCUCUUGACUGAACAAACAAUC